UUUAAACAAUCUGAAUCUUACAAUAUCUCAAUAGUGGUGUAGACGUUCACUAAGUUAAACGUGGAUUCGUAAUGCACACUUUUUUUCAAUAACAUUUGUUAUAUAUUGUUUAUUCCAAAAUCUGAGUAUUAAUUUAAAAUGGAACAGUGUUUAAAUAUCGAAACGUUGAAAAUAGCUAAAGAAGAACUCAGGGAAGAUGAAGAAACACGAAAUAAUGCUUUAUGUCAAAUGAGGUUAUGGUUGAAGCAAAAUAAAAAAAUUAUUCAUUCUCGUAGUGAUGACAGCUUUUUGCUAAGAUUUCUUCGAGCCAAAAAAUUCAGUUUGCCGUUAGCUCAAGAAGCUUUGGAACGAUAUUUAUUAUUGCGACAAACAUUUGGUAGUCAACUCUUUAACGAACUUGAUAUCACGUGUCCACGAUUAGAAAAACUUCUGGAACUCGGGUAUAUAUUUGUAGUUCCGAAGCGUGACAAAAAUGGACGUAGGAUUAUCAUAACAAGACCAGGAGUUUUCAAUCCAUCAAUGUGGACUAAUGCAGAAAUGUGUAGAAUGCAUGGUGUUACAUAUGAAACACUGAUGGAAGACCAAGAAAACCAAAUUCGUGGGUUUGUACACUACACAGAUGCAGCUGGUAUGUGCUUACAACAACUUACAUUAUUUACACCAAGAGAAGCUGUCAGAAUUGUAAAAAACGGAGAGCGAACACUUCCAAUGCGACACAAAGAAAUAUAUGGAGUAAAUGUACCAUUGAGUAUAAAAUUUGCAUUAGAUUUUGGAAUGACCUUGAUAUCUGAAAAAAUUAGAAGUCGUGUAAAAAUAUUUAGUUCAAUAGAGGAGAGCCAUACAUAUGUUGAUAAGUCAUUAUUGCCUAAAGAAUAUGGUGGAGAAAUGGAAAUGUCAACAAUGAUAGGUUUAUGGAAACAAGAAUUGUUAGAAAAACGAGAACAAAUACUCAAAAAUGAAAAAAUGUCGGUAAGAGAGGAUAUGUUUAGUGAGGGUGCACGACAAGGGCGAGUAUCAGCGUUGACAAACCACAAUCACCAUCACAUGGUUGGCAGUUUUCGUCAACUAACUGUAGAUUAG